GGGGAACACCCCACAGGGGGCCGGAAGUUUCGCGUCGCAUCCCUGCGGCGGUCUGGCAGUCCGGAGUGAGGCCGUAGCGGACUGCCCUUUCCCAAGAUGGCGUCGAAGAUCGGUUCCAGACGCUGGCUGCUGCAGCUGCUUAUGCAGCUAGGCUCGGUGCUGCUCACACGCUGCCCGUUCUGGGGCUGCUUCAGUCAGCUCAUGCUGUAUGCCGAGAGGGCCGAGGCGCGCCGGAAGCCCGACAUCCCCGUGCCCUACCUGUACUUCGACAUGGGCGCCGCCGUGCUGUGCGCCAGCUUCAUGUCCUUCGGCGUCAAGCGGCGCUGGUUCGCGCUGGGUGCCGCGCUGCAGCUGGGCGUGAGCACCUACGCCGCCUGUGUGGGCGGCCACGUCCACUACGGGCACUGGCUGAAGGUCCGCAUGUACUCUCGAACUCUAGCUAUCAUUGGUGGCUUCCUGGUGCUGGCCAGCGGUGCGGGGGAGCUGUACCGCCGCAAACCCCGCAGCCGUUCUCUGCAGUCCACCGGCCAAGUCUUCCUGGGCAUCUACCUCAUCUGUGUGGCAUACUCGCUGCAGCACAGUGAGGAGGACCGGCUGGCAUAUCUGAACUGUCUUCCUGGAGGCGAGCUCAUGGUCCAGCUGUUCUUCCUGCUCUAUGGUGUCCUGGCUCUGGCCUUCCUGUCUGGCUACUACGUGGCCCUGGCUGCCCAGAUCCUGGCUGUGCUGCUGCCCCCAGUCAUGCUGCUCAUCGAUGGCAACGUCACCUACUGGCACCACACAGUGCGGGUGGAGUUCUGGAACCAGAUGAAGCUCCUUGGGGAGAACAUGGGCAUCUUUGGGGCCGCCAUCAUCCUGGCCACUGAUGGCUGAGUCCUGUAGUGUGGGGCGCCCUGCCUUCCACCUCGCCGCUCCACUGCUGUUGAUUUUACUUCUUUCUGUUGGGUCUUUGUGGGUUUUUUUUUUUAAUUUUGUUUUUUUCCUUUCAUAGUAUGAGGCAGAUCUCGGCCCCAAAUUCAUGGGUUGGCCCUUGUGGGCUGGGAGCCCUGACACUGAUGCCUCACGGGCUUGUUCCUGUUUGUGAAAACUGAGGCCUGGGGGUGCAGGUCCUGGAUGGGGACAGGGGAAGGGAGACAGAUCCAGUUGUGGUGUAGAUCUGCAGCAGCCCCCAAAGCCUUGUGUGUUUGGAAGGAGACGGGUUAUGGGGCUUACAGCCGACUUGCUGUUGGAGGUGGGGUCAGGUGGGGAGAGGAGGUGGUCACUUGGGGUAAGGCCCGGGGGGUUCAUCUCUCUCUUCUUGGUUGUUGUGAGGUGAGCAGCUUUUCCUCUGCCAGGCCCCUCUGCCAAGCCAUCCUGCUUUGGAGCCAGCUGACUGUGGGCUGAAAUGGAGUCAAAAUAAACCUCACUUAAGUUGUGGGUAUCUGGUAUUUGGUCCCAGCAACAAGGAAAGUAAGACAGGUUUUGGUACCAGGAAUGGGGUCCUAGCUUUGAUGCUAGCUGACCACGUGGUUCAGAAGCCUUUGGAGCUGGUUCACUGGAGAAGUCUGGAAAGGUUUAGAGAUGCUGGCUGGAGAAGCAGCCCUAGAAUCCUGUGAGCUGAGCUUGAUGGGAGGCUCUGGUUGGAGCUCAGAAAACAGAAUGCUAGUCAGGCAUGGUAGAGCACACCUGUAAUCCCAGCACUUGGGAGGCUGAGGCAGGAGUAUCAUUGCCCGUUCAUUCAAGGCCAGCCUGAACUACAGAGUGAGCCCUUGUCUCAAACAAACAAAACCCAAACAAGCAUUUUAUCAGAAUGUUGAUAAAAAGGCAGACCAUAAAGACCAAACUCAAUUAGGGCCUGUUCAGUUGGACAUGGAGUCACUGGCAUGGACUCCAGGCCAUGUUCAUUUCUCUGGCAGAAAGCUUUGUGUACAUUAUACUCCGGUUCUGAGACCAGAAGACUAAGCACGGCAGACUAAUCUGGCAGAGGAAAAUCUCAAGGCAACCCAGCAUUUCAGCGGCAUUCGGUACUGUUGGUGCCUUUCAGCCAGAUCUGUAUGAAGAACCAAGAGAAAAUGGCACAACUGAGUGAUUUUAAAGGUUUUGAUUUUCACCAGAAAAGCACUUCCUGUAAAGUUGGAGCAGAGGAGAGACUGGUUGCUGAAAAGAUAAGCAUUCAAAAGAAGCCAAGUAUUUUGGAUCAGAACAAUGGGGAAAAUGGCUUGAGGGCACAUCAGGAAUCAGCAAGACCCUCCCCCCACUCCCGCAGGCUCGGGGAUGCAAGGCUGUAAGACUCAGAAGAGCAUCCCACAGCACCAUGCUCAGAGGACCUGCCUAGGGAGUUGGUUCCUGGGGAUUCAGCUCACCUUGCUCAGCCAUCCAGGUACUCAGGCCUCUGCAGCUGCCAUUCAGGAGGGCCUGGCUACUGCUCAAGCAGGAAGCAGGCCCUGGCACUAUCUACAUGUUGGUUUUGCAGAAUGCAAAAGUUGUAGGGUCAGGAAGGCUUCCACCCAGAAUUCAGGAGGCCUGGGAGGCCAGGCCAUGUGUCCCUGAGAGAGCAGCUUGGGAUGUAAGUGUAAAGCCAAAAGUGCAGUGGAAAAGCCAGGAACCUGGAUUACCUGAGGGAAGCUGCAAGAGUAAACACUUGGCCCGGGAGGGUUACAGCCUGUCACCAGCAGUGCCCUACAGGUGGGGCUGCCCAAGCCCCCUGGAGUCCACAUCUUGCCACAACGUGCCUCUGGUGCAGGGCACUGAGCUAUGGGAUUUAAUGUUUGCCCUGCUGGGUUUCAGUCUUGCUUUGGUCCCUUUUGGAGUGGGAAUGUUUACCUGGUGCGUUUGUAUGUGGGCAGUGUUGAAUUUGCUUUGCAUUUUCUAGGGGUUCACAGCUAAGAGUUUGCCUUAAGUCUUAUAGGAGACUUUGAACUCAGACUUUUCAGCAAUGCUGGAACUGCUGGGACUUUGGCAACUCUUAGACAGACUGAGUGCAUUUUGCAUAAUGAGAUGCACAUGAGUCCUGGGAGGUGGGGGCUGAAUGUCCAUGUCUUAUAUCUGGAUGUCUCCCCAUGCAUGUGGGUUGAAAGGCGAUUGGAAUACAGGGGCUCCUGACAGCUGACUUGCUAUGAGGAGGAGAGGUCUGGUCAGAAGAGGUGGUCACUGGGAUGUGACCUGGAAGGCUUCAUCUGCCUCCCCUUCCCAGCUCCUCUGCCAGGCCUCUGUGCCAAGCCGUCCUGCCUUGCAGCUGGCUGACCAUGGACUGAAAUGUGACCAAGACAAACCCUUUAAGUUGCAAGUGUGGGUAUUUUGUCCCAGCAAGGAGAGAGUGACUAAGACAGACCCCGAAGUGAGUAAAUGUGAAAAAGUCCUAUUUGCACCAGUUUUUUUGUUUGAAUGUGGUAUUGAAUAUGGGUGCUUCAGCACUGAGCUGCAUCUCCAGCCCUUUCUGCUUUUUAUUUUGAGACAGGGUCUUGCUGAGCUGUCUAAGUUGUGCUUAGACUUGUGAUCCUCCUGCCUCAGCCUCCUUGCUGUGCGUGUCAACAUGUGAAUCAGGCCCCUAGGCACGAGUGGCAGGCAUAGCCCGCACUCAGCACUGUACAAGCCGGCCUGGGCUCGGGUGGCUGGCGUCCCUUCCGCUGCCACCUGCAGGGACUCCUGCACACCAGACUACACACUCCUCUGAAAUAAACACCAGAGACAUUUGUUGAGUUGA